GUCAUAUAUAAAGGGUAGUUCCUCUUUGAGCUGAACCUUCUUGUCGCUAUAUACAGGGUCACAUUUGAGAAUUUUACAUUGGUUCUUCUAGCCAAGGUGACUGAAAACAUGACUGCCUUCAAACUGGAGUUCCUCUUCUUCACUGCCCUUCUGGGUUCAGUCAAAAUAAGAUCUGUUGAUACAACAGGCAUGAAGAAUGUCCUGAUGGGUGCGAAUGACACUGUGAUGGGCGACAUGUGUCAGGACUGCACUCAGAUUUUUGAGCUCCUGAAGGACCUCGUUUCCAAUCAAGACUUCCAGACCAAAUUAACUGCCACUCUUGAGAAAGUGUGUGAUAAGUUGCCUGCCCAAUUCUCUCAAAUCUGCCACACUGAGGUGGAGAAGAUGCUUCCUCUGGCCAUCACCUUCAUUAGCAGCAUGAUGAAACCAAGUGACAUCUGUACUUUUCUUGGACUGUGUGGAGGUCGUGACAGUGGGAAGAUGAAAGAUCUGUUUCUUAAUCACAUGGCAAAAACUGUACAAAUGCCAACUAUGAAGCUGGAGGGAUCCAUUCAGUGCUCUGUUUGCACACACAUUGUGAGCACACUUGGAUAUCUGUUUCCCAAACAGAGGACUCAGAGCAUCAUUACUGUCCUGCUUGAGAGUUUGUGCAGAGAGUUUCCUACUCUUAUUCAGCCACAGUGCGAUAAGUUGGUUGAAAAAUACGUCCAACUGUUGGUUGACAUGCUACUGAACAACACCUCUCCUAACUUCAUAUGCACUCUCCUUCGUCUUUGUGAAAUAUGGGAGCAUCCCGUUAAUGCGGCUCCGGCACUUUCUGAUUGUGAUUCAUGUCUGACGUUGACGGUUCUGACUCGAAUGCAUCUGGGCUCCAAUGCCACCGAGAGCCAGGCUGCUUCAUUCCUUGACACCGUCUGCCAGCUGCACCCAGGUGCCAUGCCGAAGUGUGACAUGUACGUGCAGAAGCAUGGGAACCAGCUACUUGUGCUUCUGAGAAAACCACAGGGGGCGCUGGAUAUUUGUAAGAUGGCAAAUUUGUGUGUUUCUGGUGAGAAGGAGCCUGUGAUUGCUGCAGACCCCUGUAGUCUUGGACCGGACUACAGCUGCAAAGACCUCCAGACUGCACUUGACUGUGGGGUAGUGUCCUUCUGUCAGAAGAACGUUUGGGAAUAAAUCUGUUUCAGCUGUCCAUACUAAUGGUAAAUGUUGACAUAGUUUGCCAAAUGUCAAUCAAUGCCUAAUAAAGGAAUACAUCUGUUAUUUACA